AUGGGGUUGGAGUACGAGACCGAGAGAGAAAAUGAAGGUGAAGAUCAUUCAACUUCAAGUGGUACCUCCUCGUUUAAGCCCAGCCGAUCACUGGUUUCUAUUCCUACUGCCCAUGUGAUGCCGUCUAAUGCCAGCUCUUCACUUUCCAAACACAGAGAAGCGUUCAAGUCUGAUGGCUCAAAAUGGAGUACAAGCUUUGUACGGUCAGGAGGAGGCAGAAAUCAGGGUGCCCUGGACAAUUCUCUUGACAUGAAAGAUGCAAGACCUGUAAGAAAAUGGUCCUCCUUGUCUAAACUCAGCUCACCAAAUACCUUCAGCCAAGAUGGUAGUAGUCAUUCGGUGGACUCCAGGGCUAGUACAGACAAAGUUGUGUCACCACAAUUACGGACAAAUGGUCCAAGUUGUUUGCAUGACAGCAUGGAGUUGCUAAAAAUUGAGGACAAGGAAAUAGGGAAAAAACGAUCUUCUCUACUGGACUGCAAAUACAAAUUUGAAACGUGCAGCAAAGAUGAUUUUGUUUCAGAUUCCUCAAGUAGGAGACAUGCCUUAGACUUGACCUACAGUGCCUUACCUGAAAGCAAACCUGCGGCAGCCAGUUGUGAAGCUUUCGGACAGAGAUAUGCAACUCUGGGACAACAGGCUGUGAGUGGAGCUCCCAUACAGCCAGCAGUGAGGACUCAAAUGUGGCUCAAAGAACAGUUACGUGCAAAUCCCCUGGACUGCAGGACUGCUGAGGAGCCCUAUGGUGUAGCUGCAUGGCAUGUGCAGCAGCUUGAAGAUUUUAGAACAGGAGGUGAACAGGCUGUGCAGGUUCCAACUGGAACAUCUCAUCAAAGUUACCCAGCUACCAGCUAUCAGGACUUCAGCAACUGGGAAUCUCUAAUGAAAAUUAAAGAGGGGCUGCUAAGACAGAAGGAGAUAGUGAUCGAUCGGCAAAAGCAACAAAUUAGCAAUUUACAUCAGAAGAUAAGGGAGAAUGAAUUACGAGCUCAACACGCAAGACUGAGCCAUCUUGUGAACUGCGAAGAACCUUACAUAACUAAUUUGCAGCAACCACAGUAUGAGAACACAUCGCUGCAACCUCACGUUUCUGAAAGAUCAACAUCCCACCUUGAGGAGCUUGAGCGAAAGAUUGCAGCAGCUGAGAAUAAGGAAUUACAACUCAGUGAAUUUGUAAAACAAAUUUCAAACAAAUCUAGUGAGGAGAAAAAGAAGAUGGAAGAGAAGCUUAAAACUAGAGACCGAUACAUUAAUAGCCUGAAAAAGAAAUGUCAGAAAGAGUCUGAGCAAAACAAAGAAAAACAAAGACGAAUUGAAACCUUAGAAAAAUAUCUGGCCGACCUACCAACGCUGGAUGAUAUAGAAGGGCAGACUAAACAGCUGCAAAUUCUAGAAGAGACAAACAAGCAACUUCAAGAAACUCUGUCCGAGUUAGAAAAGAAGCUUGGAGAGGCCCGAUCGCAGUGCAGAGAGAGGGAAUUGCAACUGGUGUGUCAGAAGAAAAAAGAAAAAGAGCUGGUCACAACAGUACAGAGUUUACAGCAGAAAGUAGAAAAAUGCCUGGAAGAUGGUAUUCGCCUUCCCAUGUUGGACACAAAACAACUUCAGAGCGAGAAUGAAUGUCUCAAAGAAAAGAAUGAAAAAGCCAGUAAGGUCAUAGACAAUCAACAAAAUCAGAUAGCUGGACUGAUUUUAGACAUGCAG